AUGUGCGUAAUAGCAACAAAUGUGGCUGAAACAUCGCUUACAAUACCAGCAGUACGAUAUGUUGUUGAUAGCGGACGGGAAAAACGCCGAUUCUACGACCCGAUAACAGGCGUUUCACAAUUCCGUGUCAGCUGGAUCUCCCAAGCAUCAGCUGAUCAACGAGCUGGCCGUGCCGGUCGUGUUCAAGCUGGCGAUGUUUACAGGUUGUACUCCUCGGCAGUUUAUUCUGAUUUUGAAAAAUUUACCCCUCCGGAGAUAUUGACAAAGCCGAUUGAUCAGCUUGUGCUUCAUCUGAAAUCCAUGAACAUCAUUAAGAUUAAGCCGUUUUUAAGUAUUUUAUUAGAUUAUUAG